AUGGCAGCAGUUGCAGCGCAAGAAAAAGCAGGGCUUCAGCAGUCAGUGGAGAAGUGGCGCUCCGAACAUGAGGAGGAAGCACUUUUGCGACAAACGGCUGCGAGCAAUGCAGAACGUCUUGCCACUGAGGUGCAGGAUCUACACGCGAUAAAGGAAAGGGAGCAGCAAGAAGCCAACGGCCGCAUCGCCGAACUCCUUCAAGAUUUGAAGGAUCUCCAAGGUAACUACAGUGAUGCAACUGAAGCGCAACAAAAGGCGGCGGAAGAGGCCCAGCGUGAUGCGCAGAACUUCUCGGAGAGGAUCGCAGCAUUGGAGUCGGAGCUUGACAGAGAGCUUGGCAAAGGUGUGGCAUUGGAAAGCUCCUUGGAGGCUCAUGCGAAGGAGAUGGAUGCCUUGCGCGCCUCCCUUUCGGCUGGUGAAGAGAAAGCAAGCAAGGAUGAAGAGUUGGCGAGUGCGGCACUAGCUGAGCUGCAAGGACAGCUUCAAGGCACUGAGACCGCGAAGGACGAGGCGGCGGCCGCGGCGGCCAAGCUCCAGGAGGCUUUGGACAGUGCCAAAGAGUGCGAAGCAGAGCUCCUGGGACAUUUCCAGGAGGAGAAGACAGCAAAGGAGCGGCUGGACCUGGAGAAGGCGCAGCUUAGCUCGGAGCUCUUGGAAGCCACGCACGAGCAAAGCGCGCAGAGGUCGCGCUUGCAAGCAUUGAAUCAAGAAUUGACUGAUCUGACUAUGCAGCAUGCAUCGGACUUGAAGGAGCUGAAGGAGGAGCACGAUGCUGCUUUGGAGCGGAAGGAGGCCGACUUCGCCAAGGCCUCGGCGGAUGCUUCUGGGUUGGCUGCGGAGAUGGAGGCCUUGCGGUCUCAGCAUGCGGCCGCCGUGGAGCGUGGCGAUGGCUUGGAAGCCAAGAUGAAGGAAGAUGUUGCUGGGCUAGCUUCCGAGCUUGGCCAAGUUCGCGCGGAGCUCUCCUCCGAGCGGGAGGAAAGGCAUUCUGCUGCAGCAGACGCAGCUGCUGCAGCCUCCGCGGCGGAGCAUCUCAAUGCGACGAUUCAGCAGCUGAAAGAUGCGAUGGCUGUGGAGACAGAUGCCCGCCAGGCAGAAGAAAAGGAUGCCAGCGCAAGAUCUGCCGAGCUUCAGGAAGAGAUUAUCUCCUGGAAACAGGAGCAUUCAGAAGCGGUAAAGAAGGCAGCAAGUCAGGCAGACCAGGCAUCACUUGAGAAGACAGAGCUCCUAGAAGAGGUUCAGGGGGAGCGCCUGCAGCAAGCCAAAAUGAAAAGCGAGUUGGAUGAGAAGGAUGCCAACUUGGAGGAAAUUCGUCAGCAACAAGCCAGCCUUGAAGCGGAGAGGCAGAAGGCCGAAAGGGUUGUCGAGGGCCUGAAGAAGGAGCUGGAAGAGAUGAAGUCUGAAAUGGCUCAGGCAAACGAGAAGCAGAAGGCUUCAGCCUUGGACGAAAAAAUGCCAAGGCAGCCCUCUCUGCAGAGCUUGAGCAACAAUCCCAGAAGUUAA